CAGAAAGAAAAUCGGUAUUAUUACUGGCAAAACCUGUAAUAACAAUGCAAAGUACAGCGAAUGCUGAAAAUAAUGGAACAACAGUCUAUGUAACAAUCAAUGGAGAUCAAGGUCCUAUUUUUGACGGUUCGGUUACAAUAAGACCUGAUGCUACUCAAACAUGUCCUACAGUAACAAAUGCUUUGGAGGCGGCUUCGAACCUGGUAGAUUCUAUGAGUCUUAUAACAGCUAUUUCAUCACCAAGAUCGGCGGCGCACCUCACGAUAAUGAUAAAUACUGGUGGAUCUCCAUUAAUGGUCGAAGUAUAG